UGACGGCUGUUUUGUGUUGUGUGCUGUUUUUUAUUAGGUUGUUUGUAUAAUAUGAGAGAUUUGUUGAAGCAUGUAGAUUUAUCCCGGCCAAGCUGUUUGCGAAACGUUUAUAUAUUAUUGCAAUAUUUCGCUUAAUAUCGCUUCUAUUAAAAUAGCCUAUUCUACGAUUAAAAUGUUUUUACCAAGGAACAUAAAAAUUCGCUGAGCAUUUCUUCCACACAAUGGUCCUAAAGAAUCUGGGAUAUUCUUGACAUGUGUUUAGAUUGAGAUGAUUAAUUCACAUAAUAGUGAAAGUUCAACAUCAAUCAGUAGCAAUGAAGUUCCUCAAGAAAGUAUCAAGGAGAGAAGUAUCAGCAGAAAAAGAAAAAAAAUUUUGAAUGAAAUAUACGAAACUGAGAAAACGUAUCAAUACCACCUCAUGCUCCUAACCACAUUAUUUUUGGAACCAAUCAAAGUAUCCUCUGUGUUAUCACCAAGAUUGAUUGAUGGGAUUUUUUCUAAUAUCGAAGCCAUCCAAUCUGUGUCCUCACAUUUACUAGAAUCAAUGGAAGAACAAGGAGUUGCUCAUGCUUUGUUGGAGCUUGCACCGUUCAUGAAACUCUACUCUUUGUAUGCAAAUAACUUUGAUAAUGCUAAUAAACUGUUAGAGGAGCAACAAGUAAAAAAUCCUGAUUUUUCGAGGUUGUUGAAGUUUCAAGAGAGCAGAGAGGAAAUGCAAUCUUUAAAGUUCAGUGCUCUCCUUGUAACACCUAUUCAAAGAGUUCCAAGAUAUCGUCUUCUGCUGGAGAAUCUUUUGAGCAAAACCUUUGAAUAUGAUCCAGAUUUUUCAAAGUUAAAAGAUGCAUUCGAAAAGAUAUCAAAAGUGGCAACCCACAUAAAUGAGUGUGUGAGGCAACAUGAAAACUUUCACAAAAUGUUAUCUAUACAAAACAGUUUUACUGGCAGUACAGCUCCAAAGAUAUUAGCACCAGGACGAUAUUUUAUCAGAGAGGGUGUUGUAACUAAGAUAAGUGAACGAGGCAGAGCAAAAGAGAAAACAUUGUUUUUGUUUAAUGAUCUACUUUUGUGUGCAAAGAAAGAAACAUCCUGCACUUACCGUUGCUGUGAUAUAUAUCCAUUAGUCAACUGCAUUAUUGAGCAAGUGAUGGGUAACCAAAGUAAUGGGAAUGGUUUAUUUAAGAUAAUUUGUAAAGAAAAAUCCAUGUUGUUAUGCUCGAAGUUUGAACAGAAAUCUUGGAGUCAUGAUAUUAAACACGCCGUUAGUCAGCUUCAUUCGAACUUAGCAUCAUUGAAACGCACAGAUUAUGUUAUUUCAUCAUCUGUACCGCAAGAUCUGCACAGGUUUCAAAAUAAGAAAUCUUCCUCUGUUAAAGGUCUUCCAUCUACUAUCUCCUCUGCAAAGUUGAAGAGACUUCCAGAUCUUGCAAGAAGUUGUACAAUGCAAGCAACCAGCAGCGACUUGCAAAAACGGUGGACGUGUCCUAGUAUUGACGCAAAUGGGAAUUACAUCGGUGAUGCAAACAAACCAAGUUUUUCUUUUAGUGAAGAUACCUUUCAUAAGUUAACCUGUUCAAUCGAUACUGAGAAGUCCAGCAUACUGGAGGAGAAAUCAUCGAAAAAACGGAGUGGAUCUGCAUCCAGUCAAAAGGCAAAUUGGACUCUUACCGAGUCCUCUAUUGUCGAAAGCCGCCGUCCGUUGCACGUGUUAACUAACGGAGCGAAGAAAUUAGGUUGCAGCUCUACGAAGCGUAAACAACAACGACAGGAUCAAAGGAAUUCUUUAUCUCCUUAUUCAAAAGAGAAAGCUUUAUCAGGAAGGAUAGUUAAAAAAACUGGAAAUCUUGAGUCGCUUGAUUUUACAAACUCAAGGACUUUCGAUUUUGAUAAUGUCGCGGUGGACAUUAAGGAGGCUGCAAAUAACAAUAACGGCUGUGCCGUCAUGUGAUGGAUCAUAUCAUGGAGCUAAUGUUGAAUAUUUGGAUCAUACUUAAAUCACAAAUUAUUCUCCCCACAACAUUUGCUACCGUGUUUGAGCAUAGAAAACUUUAAAUCGAUGGAUUACUUCGUAAUCUUCACCUGCUUGGUGUAUGACAUACUUUAUUUUUAUCAUAUGUUGUACAAAACUUAAAAAAACAAAUAAUUUUAAUGCGUUCUCUCAUUAGUUGGCCGCAAUAUAAUGGACGCCACACAAUUAAGAACAGUUUAUACAUUUUGGCAGCGAAUAGUUUUUGCCAGCUAAUAAUACUAGACAUUAUAUUUUUAUUCGCAAGUAAAAAUUUCUAGUUUGUAAAAAUUUCUAGUUUGUAAAAAUUAGUAGACGUCGCCUUUUGGUGAAAUUUAAAGCGUUAAUUUUGACAGUAAUUUUAUCUGGCGGACUUUUUACCGACAAUAUUGGGUUUGAUAAAAGCACAUUUUUAAAUAUUGUUUCGUAUAUUCAUGUGUUGAUUUGUUAUAUUUUUCUAAGGUAAUUUAUAUUUAUACAGUGGUCUCUUUCUAUCUUGGUCACCUGUAAUAUAACUGAUAAUCUUUUCUAAUUUUAAGCUAAUUUUCACUGUGUAUCUCCAACUUUUCUUUAUCCGAACAAAUUUUCUAGUUUCUUGUGAGCUCGAGAUAGAGUGGGACCACUGUGUUGCAUUUUGUACAGUGUGUCGUAUUAUAUCUGUCCCGUUAUAAUUAUUCCAUUUGAAAUUAAUUUUAGAUAAUUCGAAAUUGUAAUUAUUUUUGUUACUCUUAUUUUGGCAUAGCCUUUACUUCUUAUUUUACUGUAACUCUAUAAACUUACGGGUUGUUUACAUGAGAGCAGGGGGAGGCGGGACGGAACAUUUUCCGGGAUCCCGCCCCUAUCAUAAUUAUACUAAAAAUCACUUUGUGUUUAUAUGGAAAAUCUUUGUCCUACCGUACCGUUUGAGCCAAGCGAGAAUCCAGCUCAGGCUGGACGUUUUUCUACAAAAAAAUACGCUAUUCUGUGACGAACAAGAUGCUUUCUACAUGUUUCAAUUAAAACAAAAAAGCCAUCUCGGGACACUUUUUUCCAUAUAAAGGCGUGACAAAAAUCAUCCCGGCAAACGUCUUCACGCAAUUGUUCCGUCCGCCUCUCAUAUAAACAGCCCCUUCGAGGAAGAAGGUUUGUCGUUUUUUCCUCUAAGUUACAACAUUUUGUGAAGUUGCUGCUUCAUUUUUGCUGUAAAUAUCACGAAAAAACCUCAA